AUGGAUCACUUACCUAGGGCAUGGAUGUACAUCGGUAUGAGCAGAGGCGAUCCUAACGUCAUCUCUCUCUGCAGUAAGACAAAGACAGCUAAGCUCCCGUCUUCAACCACAUACAUCAUCCCACCUCCUGCCCUCGCCGCCGCCAAAGUGUCUCAACAAACUCCUCUCCGCCUCUACGCCUCGGCCAGUACUGCCUUCAGAACGGCUUCGAACCAGCGACUCCGACUGCACGCCUUCUCCCGCCACUUCUCCGCCACUGCACCCAUCAUGGCUCCCAUAGAAAAAGAGUGCGACUACCUCGUCAUUGGUGGCGGCUCCGGUGGCCUCGCCAGUGCCAGGAGAGCCAGUGGCAUGUAUGGCGCCAAGACGAUUGCCGUCGAGAACAAAAGACUGGGUGGAACGUGCGUGAACGUGGGGUGUGUGCCCAAGAAGGUCACUUGGAAUGCUGCUGCCAUGGCCGAGACGAUCAAGGAGGCACACAAUUACGGCUUCAGCGUCCAGCAGACAGCGCCCUUUGAUUGGCCUCUGUUCACGAAAAAGCGAGCUGCAUACAUCAAGCGCCUCAAUGGCAUCUAUGAGAAGAAUUUGAAAAAUGACAAGGUCGAGUAUCUGCACGGAACUGCCUCCUUCAAGGAUCAGCACACGGUGUCUGUCAAGCUGGAUGACGAGAGCGAGGUGUCCAUCAAGGCCAAGAAGAUCCUGAUUGCUGUGGGCGGGCAUCCCAGCAUCCCAGACGUCGAGGGUGCAGAGCACGGAAUCACCUCCGAUGGGUUCUUCGAGCUGGAACAGCAACCCAAGAAGGUCGCCGUCGUGGGUGCAGGCUAUAUUGCAGUCGAAAUGGCAGGCAUGUUCCACGCUCUAGGCACGGAAACUCAUCUCUUCAUUCGCCACGACAAAUUUUUGCGAACGUUCGAUCCUAUGGUCCAGGAAAAGGUUGUGCAAGAAUACGAGCGACAAGGCAUUAUUUUGCACAAGAACUCCAAGCAGACUAAGCUCGAGGAUCUCCAGACCGGCGGCAAGCGUCUUACAUACACCGAUGACAACGGGGAUGGUAUUCUCGAUGUGGACACGGUACUGUGGGCGAUUGGGCGUGCGCCAGAACUCGAAAGGUUGAAUAUUGACGCCUCUGGAGUGAAGUUGAACGAGAAGAAGCACAUCCCGGUCGAUGACUACCAGAACACCAAUAUCCCUCACAUCUACGCUCUCGGCGACGUCUGCGACAAGCAAUAUGAGCUGACACCUGUCGCCAUCGCCGCUGGUCGCCGUCUCUCGGAUCGUCUCUUCGGCGGGAAAGAAGAUGCCAAACUGGAGUACGAUAACAUUCCAUCUGUCGUCUUCUCUCACCCGGUAGUAGGCUCCAUCGGCUUAACGGAGCCCCAAGCUCGAGAAAAGUAUGGAGAUGAUAACAUCAAGAUCUACCAAGCGAGUUUCACGGCCAUGUACUACUCCAUGAUGGAACCCGAGGACAAAGGACCUACCGCAUACAAGCUCAUCUGUGCCGGUAAAGAGGAGAAGGUCGUCGGUCUACAUAUCCUCGGUACGGGAUCGGAUGAGAUUCUGCAAGGAUUCGGUGUUGCCAUCAAGAUGGGAGCGACCAAGGCGGACUUCGAUCGAUGUGUGGCCAUUCAUCCCACGAGUGCCGAAGAGCUUGUGACGAUGAAGUAGAAGAAGUGAGAAGAGAGGUACAGCUCGCUGGAAACUUUUGUUGUUGGAUAGAAGGAUACAACAUAACAGUACUGAUACCUCCCAUCUCCUCUUCCUUUUUUUUAAAAAAUCAGAUCUAGAUGGAUGUAAAAAUCACGUCCGGAUUGAUAGAUUUUUGUUAUCUGUACAUAUCGCUUUCAACAAUCAAUCAACCAAUCGAUCAGUCAAUCAAUCAAUCAAUGAGUCAAUCAACC